GCACCAUCAUCAUCCCCAUCCAGGAGCAUUGAAGGCUACUGCAAUGGGUCAGUGAGUGCUGCUGCUGCUGCUGCUGCUGCUGCUUGGGUCUCCCUGGAUCUCCUCCUCCUGCCUGCAAGAUCUGGAGCAGCAUCGGCGAGCUAAGAGGGGCUGGGCUCCAUGAGGGCCCCUGGGCAGCGCAGUCUUUGGAGACCCUGAGCCCCAGAGAGACCCUGCUGGAUUUGGAGCCCAUCGGAGGAGGAGGAGGCAGAGCAGCAUGCACCGCUGCUUCCCGGGGCUGGCCAGGGAGGCCUGGGUCCGGAGAGGGGCCACCUUGGCCCCGGGCCCCAAGGCCUCCUCGCUGGCCCCGAAGGAGAAGCAGCAGCAGCAGCAGCCGAGGGGCCGCGGGGAGAGGAUCCUCACCUUGGAGUCCAUGAACCCGCAGGUCAAGGCGGUGGAGUACGCGGUCAGGGGCCCCAUCGUCCUCAAAGCCGGAGAGAUCGAGAAGGAGCUCCGCAAGGGAAUCAAAAAGCCUUUCACAGAGGUCAUCAAGGCCAAUAUUGGGGAUGCCCAUGCAAUGGGACAGCAGCCCAUCACCUUCCUUCGCCAGGUCGUUGCACUUUGUACUUACCCAGACCUCUUGGAUAGCCCAAACUUCCCAGAAGACUCCAAGAAGAGGGCAAGACGAAUAUUACAGGGUUGUGGAGGAAACAGCUUAGGUUCUUACAGUGCCAGCCAAGGGGUGAACUGUAUCCGUGAAGAUGUUGCAGCCUACAUCGAACGACGAGAUGGAGGGGUUCCAGCAGAUCCAGAUAACAUCUACCUGACAACUGGAGCUAGUGAUGGCAUUGCUACUAUUCUCAAGAUCCUUGUUUCAGGAGGAGGAAGAUCCCGAACUGGCGUGAUGAUCCCAAUUCCGCAAUAUCCCUUGUAUUCAGCUGCCAUUUCGGAACUGGAUGCCAUUCAAGUGAACUAUUACCUGGAUGAAGAGAACUGCUGGGCCCUUGAUGUGAAUGAGCUGCGCCGUUCCUUGGAUGAAGCCAAAGCAUAUUGCAAUCCCAAGGUCCUUUGCAUCAUCAAUCCAGGAAAUCCCACAGGUCAGGUUCAGAGCAGAAAAUGCAUUGAAGAUGUAAUACAUUUUGCCUGGGAAGAGAAACUGUUUCUUCUGGCUGAUGAGGUUUAUCAAGAUAACGUCUACUCAGAGAGCUGUCAAUUUCACUCAUUCAAAAAGAUACUUUACGAGAUGGGGCCAGAUUAUUGCAAUAACGUGGAACUCGCUUCCUUCCAUUCCACAUCCAAAGGAUAUAUGGGCGAGUGUGGUUACAGAGGGGGCUACAUGGAGGUGGUUAACUUGCACCCUGAUAUUAAAGGGCAACUUGUUAAACUUUUGUCAGUCCGUCUAUGUCCUCCAGUUUCGGGCCAAGCAGCUAUGGACAUUGUGGUGAACCCUCCUGUACCUGGAGAAGAAUCAUAUGCACAGUUCAUUAAGGAAAAGGAGUCCGUUUUGAACAACCUUGCAAUAAAGGCCAAACUAACAGAAGACAUGUUCAAUCAAGUACCAGGGAUUCACUGCAAUCCGCUUCAAGGAGCCAUGUAUGCUUUCCCACGAAUCUUUAUUCCUUCCAAGGCUAUAGAGGCAGCCAAGGCUCAUAAAAUGGCUCCUGACAUGUUCUACUGUAUGAAACUUCUGGAAGAAACAGGCAUCUGUGUUGUUCCGGGAAGUGGAUUUGGUCAAAGAGAAGGAACUUACCACUUUAGGAUGACUAUUCUGCCUCCAGUAGAGAAGUUAAAAAUAUUGCUGGAGAAAGUGAAAGACUUCCACAUAAAGUUUCUGGAAGAAUACUCUUGAGCAAAACAGACUUUCCUUUUUUCUUCUUCUUCCCAGGACCUGUGAAUCUGGAAAGCAAAACAAAAGCUGUGAACAGAGAUGGGGGGAUAUGGUCAGGUUUUUUGGUCUUCUUUAAUCCAAUCUGCAACAGAAUUUCUACAGCCCAGCUAUGACAUUUUGCGUACACCCAGCCCAAAUGUCUACUUUGUAAACUUGGUUUAUGCUUUAAUUUUAUGGAAAGGGAUGGGAAAAAAGGGCAGAAAUGUUACAAAAAGAGAACAAUUUUGUGCCUUGACCAGAAAUUAUAUAGCUGGCUGUCCGGACAAAAUAAGGUGGUUCUUAAUAAGAACUGCUGACGGUGUUACUACUAGAAAAUAGUGACAUUACGAUAGUUGACUUAGAUAUAAAAGCAAAAUUUGACUUGACAUAGCUGGAAGCUCAGUGUGAAUAAAAAGCACUGAAAAAAUAAACUGGCAAAACGUCUCUUUCUACCUAACCUGUUUUUAAAACCUGUGCGGUUGUAGUCUUUGGGGAAGUGUGAUUUCUGUGUGCUCUUGUGCAACUUCCAUUAACUUUGGUGAGACAGCAUGGGAGAUGUUGUUGUCGAGUGUGUCCCAGGUGUUCAAACUUGUGAUUUUGAGUACUACGCCACACAGUGGUCAGAAACUAUGGCCUAAACCCUGUUAUGAGGAGACCCAUGGAAUCUAUGGAGUUUACUUGUGUGUAACCUCACCAUGCAGCAAUUGAAUCAGUAGGUGGACUCUAGUUAAGAUGAACCAACAGGAUUCCACGUUGUGUGUUGCAGUUUUCUGCUUCAAGAUUUAAGGGCUGGAGGAACUUUUGUCCCUCUAGAUGUUGUCUUAUCCUGUCUCCCAUGAGUCCCAGCUGCCAUGGUCAGGGAAAAUGGGAACUGUAGUUCAACACCUUCCGGAAGAUCACAAGUUUUCCACCCUUGAUUUUAGAAAUGGUCAAAAUUGUGCUCCGACAUCCCUAAUAAUGGUUGACGCCAAGCUAGCCCAACAUGUCAAUUGAAACAUCCGAGUCUUUGCAUAGGAAAAAGAAAUGAUGCCAAAUUAUUUUCUGUUUACAAGCAAAAGCAAAGGAUAAUAGAAAAUAAUAAGAGAAGUAAAAUAAUAGAAAUAAGAGGGAGGUGCAGGAAAGAUAUAAUUAGAAGUGGAUUGUCCUACUUAAACCCUGUAAACAAUGGGGCUCGUGCACAGCGGCGCGCGGGGUGCAACGGGCACGCGCGCCCAUGCAAUUGAACUGGAUACACCACCCCUUCCGCCCUGCGCAUGCCCCGCGGCUUGAGCGCGUAUGCUCAAGCCGUGUAAAGCACGCCCGCGUAUGGCGCGGGCGCGCUGUAUAGUGCUUUGAUACCAGUUCAACAGCCAUGCUCUAUACUAUGAGAUCCUAGGAUCUGUAGUUCCAUUAAGUACUUAAGAGUUCUCUGCCAGAGUGUUAUAAACCAGGGGGAGUGCCCUAGAGAUCUUAAGUCCCAAAUCUCAUGAUUCCAUAGGAUGGAGCCAUGGAAAUUAAAGUGUGAUUGAACUGCUAUAAUGAUGCCGUGUAGAUACCUCUGUCUUGAUAUUCUGGUACUUGACCAAAGUUCCCAUGAACAGAUUAAGAUGAAUGAAAGUAGUCUGGAGAUUAUUGGCCAGAUCACCCUCACUUGCCUAGGAAUGUGAUCCUAUACAAAAUUUAGGCAUAAGACCCACCAAACUCACUGGGGCUUGCUUCUAAAUAGACAUGGAGACAACUGCAGUGUGCAUUCCUGGGCUGAAUUUAAAAACCAAAUGAACAGUAUCUUAUCGAUGGCAUUAAUUCUUAGUGAGCAUGUUUUCUAGUAUCUUAUGUUGACCCCUGGCAGCAGUAGGAACAGACUUUGGCCUAAAUUCUAUUAAUAGUCUCAGCUGCAGUAGACUCAGGCUGCAUCCACACUGCAGAAAUAAUCCAGUUUGACACCACUUUAACUACCAUGGCUCAAUGCUGUGGAAUUCUGGGAAUUGUAUUUUUGUGAGGCAUUUAGCCUUCUCUGUCAGAGUGCUCUGGUGCCACACCAAACUACAAUUCCUAGCAUUCCAUAGCAUUGAACCAUGUCAGUUAAAAUGGUGUCAAACUAGAUUAUUUCUGCAGAGCAGAUGCAACCUCAGUGAAUCAAUUGGGUUAACCCAAGUGUUGUUUUACUAUUCAACAACUGGGGCUGCUGACAGUAUUCAAGCCUUUAUAUUUUUGUUUCCUGAUCCUGCCGUCUUAAUAGUACCACAUAGGGAUAUGAGUAUAGGAAUGCAUGACCCUGAAUGUACAGAUAGCUCCGCAGUUGGCAUGAUUUCUUAAUCAAUGAUUAAAGAAGCAGAGAAAAUCUAAGUUAUAGUAACCUAAAUAAGCAAAGCUGUAGUAACUUCUACUCUUGGAGUAUUUCAGUCAAAAUGUAGAUCUCAAAGCAACUGCACUUUUUCUCAAAUGUUAAGCUUGCUGCUUCGGAGAAGUUGCCAUUAAUCCUGGUAGUUGCGAUAUAUUUUUAAAAUAUUUUUGUAAGUGACUUUUUUUCAUGGGUUUGGGAAAGGGGGGCGGGAAGGAUAUUUGUAGUCUUAUUAAACCAAUGGGUUUUAUAUUUACCUUGUGUUUCCACCCAGUGUUCCUAAAAAAUAAAAAGAUAGCAACAAGGUUUACAUGUUUCUAAAUAACAUUUUUGCAUACUUUUAAAGGUAUGAUUCUUUCCUCCCCACUUCUUUCUUUUAAGAAUGGAGGCAGCAGUCCUUAGAGUUUACUUUUAAGUCAAGGAUACUGACUAUAUACCUUCCAUUUCAUUGUCUAAAAAUAUAUAUAUCUUAUGGUGCCUUUUAAUUUCUGAUACUGGAAGAGAGAAUGUAAAGGGUACUUUUUUUCUUGGCGUGUACACUUGAAAAUACUGUAGAUGAGCUAAAGUUUAACUCGGUUGUGCUUGAUAUAAGUCUGCCGCGAAGUUUAACUCGGUUGUGCUUGAUAUAAGUCUGCCGACCUCAGAAGCCUAUUUUGGAGAUGGUUUCAGUGGACAUACCUCCCAAAUAACUGCAACCUAAGAAACCUGCGAUGGGGGUGAGGAGUUACAACACUGAGUCUUGUUUUGUUUUAUGUAAGUCCUUGAACAAUAAAGCAACCUAACAUUGUGAUGCAUGCUGGUAGGUUUGCAUUUCCUACAGGUGCUCCUCCUUACUGUACUUGGAUGACUUUUUAAAUGUACUUACCACUUCAAGAAAUAAACAAGCUGUUGGAACUUC